CCCACCCGCUCCCAGUCCAGCGUCCGCCGUCGGCGCGUCACGGCCAGCAGCCCCUCCUCUGCCUUUGGAGGUGGGGCCCUGCACUAGACACCUGCCUGCGGCGCCCUGCCGCGUGCCUCAGUUUACCCCACCCCCUCCAAUGCCAGCUGCCACCGAAUGCCCCUUCUUCCGGGGCUGAGAAUGUGCUCCGGGUGAGGCGAAGGCGGGAAGUGCCGAGGGAGCGGCCUGAGCCCCUAGGAAGAGAGAACUGCCCCCGCUGCCACCUCCGUCGUCUCAGCCACCCGCCGUUGACAUGGCAACUGGCGGCCGCCAGGGGGCGCGGCGACACUGGAGGCGGAGAGCGAGCAACGCUCAGGCCUAAACCCUGGAUCUUGUGUUAUCAGGGAGGCAGGGAUGAGACCCGAGAUCCGCCUUCUCCGAGCUGCUCCAGAGCUGGUCUGUCCUGGGUCAGUCAUCGCAAAAAUAGUUAACAUUGACGCAGCACUCCUGUGUGCUUUAGGAAUGCUGGGCGUUCCGGUUGAAUCCUGAACCAAUCCUGUGACCAAGGUUCACUAACCCAUUUUACAGAAGAAAUUGAAACGCAACUCAGAUCCGAGGUUGUCUGCUCAAGGUCGCACCGUGGCAAGGCUGGCUUUAGCUAUGAAGAGGUUUCUCAUGCUUCAUUUUUACAGAGCCUCCAGAUGCAAGCCAGCGAAGCCGUGUUUUCUACCUCCCCAGUCUGCCCCCUUCUUUCCAUCAGCUCCUCUCCCAAAGAUGGACCCUGAGUCCUGCUUCCCCCAGCCUGGCUUCUCCACCUGUCCCACUCCAACCCGUUCCAGAUCAUUCUGAAGUCUGCUAUGUCUCCUUCUACAGUCUUGAAAUUCUGAGUGUGAAACUGAGGAUCCUUCCAGCCUUUACCUCCUGGGCUGUGGUCCUGAAAGCUGCCUGAUGUUUACCAGUUUCCCAAGCCCGAUCCCUCCCCAGGGUCGGCUGCAGGGAGCCUUCCUGUUUGCGUUUGUUUGAUUGAGACCAGGGUCAUAGCCGCGGCGUGGUGGCGCACGCCUUUAAUCCCAGCACUCGAGAGGCAGAGGCAGGACGGAUCUCUGUGAGUUCAAGGCCAGCCUGGGCUACAGAGUGAGAUCCAGGAAAGGCGCAAAGCUACACAGAGAAACCCUGUCUCGAAAAACAAAACAAAAGAGACCAGGGUCACGUUAUACAGUCCUGGCUGGCCUGGUGCACUGCUUUCCAGUUUUAUCCCGCAUCGUCUAGGCUUGAAGCAUCUUGGAAAGAGGAAUGGUUUUGGUGACCCUGGUGUCCAGGGGUACCUGCUGAGACGGGUCCUGCCAAGGAGGCCUUUCAAGGCACUCCACAGGGCCAGCCGGGCUUCCCAAAAUCAAGCUGCAUGUCAGGGAUGCUCUGGAGCCACCUUCAUGGAUCCACUGCUUAUCUGAAGUAGGAAGCAGGGAGGGGAAGAAGGGACAAGGGGAGUCGUUUCAGUAAUUACAACUAUAGAACGAAGUGGCUGGCCCUCGACAGCCCUGUGUGGGCCUUGUCUCUGUUGUCGUCUUUUGCAGAGGGCAUUACUCUUACCUCCACUGUGCAAAAUGAGGACCUUGACGCGCAGAGGUGAGAUUGUUGGACCGUGGUCACACAGCUAGCCAGUGGCCACACUGGUUUUGAAACAGGGUUCUUCAAGUUCAAGGGCCUUGGGAGCCUUUCCAAUCUCCCUCGGUCCUUUUCUCUGAGACGGCCUUCAGCCCCCCUUAGCAUCCGCACUCAUCUGGAGCCUGACACCUUUGAAACCACACAGGAUGACCUGGUGACAGUCCCGAAGAGUCCUCCUGCCUAUGCUCGUUCCAGUGACAUGUACAGCCACAUGGGUACCAUGCCUCGCCCUAACAUCAAGAAGGCUCGGAAGCAACAGGCUGCCCAGAAGGCCCAAGAGGGCUGCUGGAGAACCGGAGGCUGCCGGGGACUAUGUGAAGUUCUCCAAGGAGAAGUACAUUCUCGACUCCUCACCGGAGAAACUGCACAAGGAGCUGGAAGAAGAGCUGAAACUCAACAGCACAGACCUCCGAAGCCAUGCCUGGUACCACGGACGCAUCCCUCGGGAGGUCUCUGAGACCCUGGUGCAGCGCAAUGGCGACUUCCUCAUCCGUGACUCACUCACCAGCCUCGGGGACUACGUGCUCACGUGUCGCUGGCACAACCAGGCCUUGCACUUCAAGAUUAACAAGGUGGUGGUGAAGGCGGGUGAGAGCUACACCCACAUCCAGUACCUGUUUGAGCAGGAGAGCUUCGACCAUGUGCCUGCCCUCGUGCGCUACCACGUGGGCAGCCGUAAGGCCGUGUCCGAGCAGAGUGGGGCCAUCAUCUACUGCCCGGUCAACCGCACCUUCCCCCUUCGCUACCUCGAGGCCAGCUAUGGCUUGAGCCAGGCCGGCAGCAAGGCCGCCAGCCCUGUCAGCCCCUCGGGCUCCAAGGGCAGCCACAUGAAGAGACGAAGCGUCACCAUGACGGAUGGGCUGACCUCUGACAAGGUCACCCGCAGCGAUGGCUGCCCCAACAGCACCUCACUACCCCAUCCUCGGGACUCCAUCAGAAACUGUGCCCUCAGCAUGGAUCAGAUCCCAGAUCUACACUCACCCCUGUCUCCUAUCUCCGAGAGUCCUGGCUCCCCUGCCUACAGCACUGUAACCCGUGUCCAAGCUGCCCCCGCCACCCCCUCUACCACAGCACAGUCUGCCUCGCCAGUUGCCCGCCGCUCCAGUGAACCUCAGCUAUCUCACGGGAAUGCUCCAAAGCCUCCAGGGGAGUCAGACAGGGGCCCCCAUGCAAGCCCUUCUCACACCCUCGGCAAAGCCUCGCCGUCACCCUCACUCAGCAGCUACAGUGACCCGGACUCUGGUCAUUACUGUCAGCUCCAGCCUCCCGCCCGUGGCAGCCGAGAGUGGGCAGCAGGAGAGGCCCCCCGGAAGACCAGGAGCUCUGCAGAGAGGCAAAAGGAACUGUUGGAAAACGGGGUCUCUGAUGGGGAGUGGGGCAAGACCUUCACGGUCCCUGUAGUGGAAGCCACCUCUUCUUUCAACCUGGCUACCUUCCAGUCACAGCUGAUCCCCAAGGAGAACCGGCCUCUGGAGGUGGGGCUUCUGCGCAAGGUCAAGGAGCUGCUGUCAGAGGCGGAUGCCAGGACGCUGGCCCGGCAUGUCACCAAGGUUGACUGCCUGGUUGCUAGGAUACUGGGCGUUACCAAGGAGAUGCAGACCCUAAUGGGAGUCCGCUGGGGCAUGGAGCUGCUCACCCUCCCCCAUGGCCGGCAGCUGAGACUAGACCUGCUGGAAAGGUUCCAUACCAUGUCCAUCAUGCUGGCGGUGGAUAUCCUGGGCUGCACAGGCUCCGCCGAGGAGCGGGCAGCGUUACUGCAUAAGACUAUCCAGCUGGCGGCUGAGCUGCGGGGGACGAUGGGCAACAUGUUCAGCUUCGCCGCGGUCAUGGGCGCCCUGGAGAUGGCCCAGAUCUCGAGGCUGGAACAGACAUGGGUGACCCUGCGGCAGCGACACACGGAGGGCGCCAUUCUGUAUGAGAAGAAACUCAAGCCUUUCCUCAAAAGCCUCAAUGAGGGCAAAGAAAGCCCCCCACUGAGCAACACCACCUUUCCGCACGUGCUGCCAUUCAUUACUCUAUUGGAGUGUGACUCCGCCCCCGCCGAGGGUCCUGAGCCUUGGGGCAGCACAGAGCAUGGUGUGGAGAUUGUGCUAGCCCACUUGGAGGCCGCCCGCACUGUGGCACACCACGGAGGCCUUUACCACACCAACGCCGAGGUCAAGCUGCAGGGGUUCCAGGCCCGGCCAGAGCUCCUGGAAGUGUUCAGUACAGAGUUCCAGAUGCGUCUCCUCUGGGGCAGCCAGGGUGCCAACAGCAGCCAGGCCCGGCGCUAUGAGAAGUUUGACAAGGUCCUCACCGCCCUGUCUCACAAGCUGGAACCUGCCAUCCGCUCCAGCGAGCUGUGACCCCGGGAGACCUUGCCUCUCUGCAGCUGCCGGCAGCAUUGGGGGCAGAGGGGCUCAGGACUUUCCCCAGAGCACCACAGGGACACUGUGAUCAGCCCAAGAAUGUUCUGGGUUCAACUCCAGGAUCCCCCUUGCACUUCCAGGGUCCUGAAUGGACUCCGAACUCCAGCCUCCCAUCACACGCACCGAGUCUCCCUUCCAGAAGGACAGGAACCUCUGCUCCUCCCACUGGCUUCCGCUGCCCCCCAUUUCCACAGAGGUUCCCUGUUUUUGAGCCAUGGGAGGCUCCCCACACCUCUUCCUUCCUCUAGGUCUCUGUCUUGCUGUAAAUAAGUCUGACCUGUAAAUACAUGUACAGAAGCCAUGUUCUCUCUUUCAUAUAAUAAACUUUAAUGGCUCUUU